UUCCAAGACAAACUCCACCUUGGAAGCAGCACUGCUAUUGCUGUAGCUCUGGCACAGUCACUUUUUCACUCUCUGCCCUUCCAGCAAAGGAGACAUCGUGGAUCCCAACCUGAAAUCCCAGUUCAAUACUUACAGGCUUCCUGCUCUGCUGAAAAUGAUCUUGGCUAUCAUUUUGAAACCCAUAUACCCAAAAAUUGCUCGAGAUCUCCGGGCUCUCUGUGGAGUGGGACCUGCCAAAAACCUCUGGGAUCAGCAUGGAGCAGUGGUGGUAACGNAAUUCAUUGCCAGAUGGAGGAAGCUGAGGCUGGAUGUGGUCCUCUGUCCUGCCCUGGGGCCAGCCUUUAACCACAGCUAUGCUGGGAAGCUCUUUGCUGCGACCUCCUACACCAGUUUGUACAAUGUGCUGAACUUCCCUGCCGGGGUGGUGCCUGUCAGCACGGUCACGAGAGCAGAUGAAGAGGAACUGAAGCGUUACCAAGGACACUACAGGGACCCUUGGGAUAGGAGGCUGAAAGAGGCUGUGCAAGGAGCUGUGGGGCUGCCAGUGGCUGUCCAGUGAGUGGCUCUGCCAUGGAAAGGAGGAGCUGUGCCUUUGCUUCAUGAAGGAGGUGGAGACACUUGCCCACAGCACAAAGAGAAGUGUGUGAUUUCUGGGAACCAGCCUUCCCUGUGACGACUCUUCAUUCCCUGCCCUUCACUCCAGCCACCUUCCACCUGAUACAAAGCAGACAGCAAACCUAAGGCUCUGAACUAACAUUUCAAUAAACUGGCACAAAAUGCUGCUUAAAAAUAGCGAAAAUCUCGCCCCUGUCUAA